GUUAGCUAGCUCUCUACUUUUCUUUUCCUUAUAAAGUGAAACCCUACCAACUUCUUCGCGGCUGACCAACAGAGAAAUAAAAACAUUCGGAAUCUUCCAGACACAUACACUAUUGGCUGCUCUCUGAUUUUUUUACUGUGAAAAGAUGUGUGAAAAGAUGAGUUUAUCCGAAGAAGAAAUCAGAAUGCUUUUCAGAGUCACCAAAACACUUAACCACAUCCUCAAAGAUCGUGGAUACAUUGUCACGGAUGCUGAACUUGAGAUGACACAAGAACAGUUUAUCGACAAAUACGGCGAGAACAUGGAAAGAAAAGAUCUUGUCACUAUCAAGACUAAGAAGAAAGAUAAAUCUGAUAAGAUCUUUGUCUUUUUUCUACAAGAAACAAAAGUUAAAAUGGGCGACAUCAAGGCUUGCUUUGAGCGCAUGGUAUCUCAUAACGUCUUGAGAGCAAUUCUUGUUGUGAAGAAAGAAAUGAAUCGCUUCGCUUCAUCUGCUAUAACCGACGCAAACUCAAAAGGAAUACUUUACUUGGAAAGUUUUAAGGAGACAGAGCUUCUAAUGAACGUGAAGGAACAUGCUUUUGUUCCAGAGCAUAUAGCUCUGACAACUGCGGAGAAGGAAGCUUUGUUGGAGAAGUACACUGUGCAAGAGAAUCAGCUUCCACGUAUUCAGUAUACGGACCCUAUAGCGAAAUACUAUGGGCUAAAACGUGGAGAAGUCGUGAAGAUCAUACGCAAUAGUGAAACAUCUGGUCGUUAUGUCACAUACCGCUUUGUUAUAUGAUAUUAAGAGCUUCUGAUAGGAUCAGGUCUUGGAUUUGUCGGAUAAAGACUUAGAAUGACUUCAUUAGUUUUUUAAUUUAGUGAAAUUUUCACCAAAAGAUGUAAGGAACUUUAUAUGUUUUUAUCUCAAUCAAUAUAUACAUAGUAGUUUUUUUUUUCUUGGCAACGAGCGGCGGCCAUUCUAUGUGGUCUGGGUAACCAGACCGGAAUGAAAUAUAACUUCUUAUGAAAGGAUCUAGCAGUCUUAGCUAAAAAAUCAAAAAUCUGGUUUUGAACUGGGUAACCAGACCGGAAUGAAAUAUAACUUCUUAUGAAAGGAUCUAGCAGUCUUAGCUAAAAAAUCAAAAAUCUGGUUUUGAACACGUGCAACAUAAGUGAUCUUGAAGUCCAGGAAGAAUAUAUAGAUAGUAGUUGAGCACGUGCAACAUAAGUGAUCUUGAAGUCCGGGAAGCAUAUAUAUAUAUAGAUAGUAGUUGAAAGACUUGGACCUCGAUCAUGAUAUAUAGUGCAUGUCAAGAAUAUAGACACUGCUCAAGGCUAUAUUAUAAGUAAUCAAACUAAAAAAAAACUCAAGUCCUAAAAACUGAAAAGCG